GGCUAAAUUUGUUAAAAUACCAGUACAAGGAAAGCAGUACUACGAAUCAGUACUGUCAUUUGAAAAUUCAGACCCCAUCCAUGGGAAGGGAUAGUUUUUCUGUUACCUCGCUAUUGAUUUUCCUUUUCCUAUUGAUCUUUACAGUUGACGCCGAGGUAACCUAUGCAGAUAUUACUGGUUGUGUACCUGAAAAAGGUAAUUAUACCGAGGGAAGCGUCUACCAACAAAACCUCAAUCUUCUUUUAUCCAGUCUCUUACCUCAAAGUACCACUCAGAAAUUCCAUAAUUCCACUGUUGGUGAAGUCCCUAACAAAGUGUACGGUCUUUAUCAAUGUCGCGGGAAUGUUAGCCUCAACAUAUGCAACGAAUGCAUCCAAGAAGCGACAAGAAAGGUGGUAGAAGAUUGCCCUUUGGUUAAAGAAGCAACGGUAUGGUAUUUUGAAUGUAUGGUAAGGUAUUCAAAUCGGUCCAUUUUCUCCUUGUACGAAACAUUUCCUGCAGGUUUUCGAUGGAGCAAUACUAGCAAUGUUACAAACUAUGGUCAAUUUGCUCCUGUUUUUGCAAGAGAACUUAAUAGAUUAAUACGUCAAGCUGUUAUAGGUUCAUCUUCUGGACAUUUUGCUAUUGGAGAUGCGAAUUGGACAUCGUUUGAACGGGUUUACUGCCUUGUUCAGUGCACACCUGAUAUAGAUCAAUUCGGAUGUAACACUUGCCUGAGAAGCGCUGUUUCGGAUAUGUUAGGCUGUUGUAAUGCAAGUACGAGGGUACUUAUUUUCAAACCGAGCUGCCAUUUGAGAUAUGAUACCAGUGAUAAAUUCUAUUAUGAUUUACAUGAAUUACCAGCUCCUCCCCCAUCAAAUGCGACUACAGGAGACACCCCCAAUAAUCCUCCUAGGGAAACCACUGGGUUGAGGCCACCAAUAAUUGCUGCGAUAGUUGUUGGGGCAUCAGUCGGAUUUUUGUUGCUUCUUGUUGGUUUAUGGUUGUGUAUGCGGCCAAGUAUUCGCAGAAAGGCAUCUACAACCACACCUGCACAAGCUCCACCACCUCCUCAACAACCAGAUAAUGUUAAAGACGACGAAGCAAACAGUUUCGGAGACGUGGAAUUUGUGCAAUAUGAUUUUGCUACUUUGAAGGUUGCAACCACAGACUUCUCUGGUGAUAACAAGCUCGGAGAAGGAGGAUUUGGGGUCGUUUACAAGGGAACCUUGAAAAAUGGACAAGUAAUAGCUAUAAAGAGGCUCUCAGGCAACUCGGGACAAGGUGCUAAAGAGUUCAUGACCGAGGCUCGUCUUGUGGCCAAGCUUCAACACAGGAAUCUCGUUAAGCUUUUGGGCUUCUGUUCUCAAGGAGAUGAAAAAUUGCUUGUCUAUGAGUUUUUGCCUAAUUCGAGUGUUGAUCGUUUCUUAUUUGAUCCAAGAAAGCGGGGGAGUCUAGAUUGGGAAACACGGUACAAAAUAAUAAUUGGGAUAGCGAGAGGACUUCAAUACCUUCACGAAGAUUCUCGUCUUACAAUUAUACAUCGUGAUCUCAAACCAAGCAACAUUUUGUUAGAUAAAGAUAUGAAUCCCAAGAUUGCGGACUUUGGCAUGGCAAAGCUUUUUGGAGGGGAUCAAAAGCACGGAAAUACUAGCCAAAUUGUUGGAACACACGGAUACAUGGCUCCGGAAUAUAUGUUAGCAGGGGAGUAUUCCGAAAAAUCUGAUGUCUAUAGUUUCGGUAUAAUAAUUCUAGAGCUCAUCAGCGGCCAGAAGAACAGAAUACUUUACCAGUCAUCACAAAAGGAAGAUAUUUCAAUUCUCGCAUGGAAGUUGUGGAGUGCAAGGCGAUCUUUUGAACUAAUAGAUUCAGCAUUGUACAACAAUUAUCCAAGUAACGAAGUGUUGAAAUGUAUCCAAAUUGGUUUGCUAUGUGUUCAAGGUAAUGCGGUACAACGACCUACAAUGGCAGCAGUUGUGCUAAUGCUUAAUGGCUCUGUCGCCCAGCUGCCAUUACCCUCCACACCUUUGAUCUCUCCCCAUCACUUCAAUUCACAUUCGUUUAACAACGAAUUACCGCGAAAUGAGGCUGAUCAAUCCAUGUCGAAGUCUUUUACCUCUGGUGCAGAAGUGGAGCAAGAUUUAUACCCUCGAUAGACAUGAGCGUCGCACCAUGUGAAUGCUUUACUCUGAAGGUAAGAUGAAGUGCCCACCCAACCUGAAAUGUUUUACAAGCCACCUUUGACUUGAAUAUCUCGAAUCCCUUUUCGUUUAUCGUGAUAUAGCCUCGUCGGUAGGCGGUUAACUAAUUAUGUGGAAGAGGGGAGAUUUAAACUUGUAACCUACUACCUCCGUUUUAAAAUUAACUUUAUGUUUUCGUUUUAGUCUGUUUCUUAUGUUCUGUACAAUGUCCUUUAUAUUAUAUUUCGGAAAUGAAAUUUUACUACCUUAC